AUGAGCAGUACUUCAGCAGCAUUUCCUCCGAAUUUCGGGAACGAAAUCUGUAUCGGCCAUGAUGUCGACUUUGACCGUAUCAAAUCUCGCAUGACCUGCUCAAAAUUUCACGAUUCCGUCUGGGGUUUGGUGAUAUAUCGGUGCUCUCAAGGUCACCAGUCAGCUUGGGACCGUCUGCUGCAAGGCUUGCGCAACGAUGUCCGACAGAGUGCCGAAUACUACAACCGUGAGGAAGUAUUGCAAUUCCAUGAUCUUCAUGCCAUCGACGAUAAGAGACUCUACGGAGCCACAUCCCACCAAGUCCGAGAACACUUCCAAUCCUGGGUCCCAAAGAACCUUGAGGACCGUAUCCGGCCGGACGCGGUCGAUUUCAAGAAGGACAAAUGCUGGGACAUAGACUGGCUCCGUGCGACAUCUACGCCCAGAUAUGAAUAUUGUCUCUUUGCGGAUGAUAUCUGUCUCGAGUCCGUGGAUCAACCCGGUCUUGACUUGCCAGUCGUUAAGAUUCUGUGGAAGGACUGGGAGUCCCCAUGGUCCCCAGAGGAGAUGAGCCGCCCAGUACCGGCCCCAUUUCAUGAUGGCGUCACUGAAUACUGGGAGGAAGAUGUGGGCUGGAUGUACAUGCCGUUGUUAGACUACGUAGGGAAUUAUCACGUGCUUGGAAAAUGUUUCUGGGAGGACCAGUACGUGAGACCCCCAUACAUGGAUGGUAGUGAAGACGAGACGAAUUUCGUAGGAUAUUGGAGGAAGAAGUCAUCAAGCGAGGAAGCAAAUCAGGCAGACCGUGAGAGACCGCUCUCCACGGAACAAUCGAGCCGCUAG